CCGGCGAGUCCAAACAUAGGAGAGAGAAAUAUUUAAUUCUCAUUUUGCCCCUUUCCCCCUUUGCUUUCACCUUUUCUGCGUCACUCUUUGCUUCUCUGCCUUCCUCUCGCUCGUUCUCUCUCUUCUGCCGUCUCCUUCGGAAAUGGCGCCCACUCCAAGCCCGACUCCCUGCUCGAGAAGUCGUCCAUAAUUCGGGAUUAAUUAAACGGCAAGGAAGAAGGGGAGCUCCAUUGUUUUCUUCCCUUCCUUCGACCUUUUCCGUCUGUCAUUUUCCGCUUUCGGGAGAAGGAGAAAAAAAGAAACCCUAGACAGCUUCUGCACGUAGCGACGAAGAGGGAGUAGAGAUCACUAUCGCAGAAGAGAGAGGGACAGAGCAAGCGAGAGAGAGAAGGGAAUCAGAAUCGAUCGGAGAGAAAAGACGGGGGAAGUUGGUACAUUUUUUUAACGCUUUCCUCAGUUGCGCUGGCGUUGGUGCCUCCCGGAGGCCGUUUUCCCUCCGUCCGGAAAUUUGAAAGGGAAUCCGGAACAUCGGGGCACGGAAAUUUUUGAUUUUUGAAUCGGAGAGGGAAGGGAAACAAAUUCUGAAGCCGUCGGCUGGAUUCGGAGGCGAUCGCGUAUCUCCCCGGGGUUUUAUGGUCCGGCGACGGCAGGUGCGGCGGAUCUUGGCUCAACGCGUCUCGUUUGAGGUGCAGAAAUUUGCCUCGGGAAAAGGAGUGCGGUGAUCCGGUCGAAGGUUUUCGAGUGACAUCGAGAGAGGUGCCGAGCUUGGAGCCAGCGAGUUCUUUUUGCCGGUAUGCAAAAGCAACUGAAUACCAACGGGUGGUCAUCCCUCCUCUUCUGUGUGCGGAAAUUUUCUUCCUAACUUGUUCGACAGUGUAAAUGCUCUGCCUAAGUGCUGAAAUCCAUUACAAGGGGUUGUUCCAAUCCCCUAGUUUGGGAUUUUCCAUGACCUUAGGCACAUCUUCACCACCGACAGGUUCUUCCCAAUGUGUCUUGCAUAACGAAGAUGGGAAAAAUAAUUCUGCUGGCAAGGAAGAGUUCUGGUGCAGCUGUGAUUCGGAGAGGAUAGUUUCUUCUGGAGAAUCUAGAGUUAGUGAUGACAAUGCAACCACAAGUCCCUACAGGCUUCAGCUUGAACAUGACAUAAAAAACUUGCAAGCGAAGCUGCAUGGUGAAAUGCAACUGCAUGCUGCACUUGAAAGUGCUGUCGGAAAGACUGCUAUAGCAUUGUCCUGUUUGGCUUGCCUGCCAGAUGAGGCCCAGGACCUUCUGAAAAAUAUUGCUGUACUGGAGGAUACUGUUUCAAAGCUUGAGGAAGAGCUGGUUUCCUUGCAUUUUCAGCUUAGUCAGGAGAGAAAUGAGCGACGCCUAGCUGAGUAUCGUUUGAAGCAGUCACCAUCUUCUCAUUUUCUGCCAUCUCCUGAUGGCUUGAACACUUCAGAAUAUCCAUCAGAGUGUUUGAGUUGGUCCCUCACAGGGAUGAACCAUUCUCAUACAGAGGUAUUGCCAAUUGAAUCUUCUGGUUUGCAUUGUAGCAGUGAUGGAGAGAAUGCAGAAAGCAAGAGUGCUCUAGGGCAUGCAUGCCCUGUCCAAGAUAAAAAGCCCCAAAAGUUGAGACAUCUAAAGGCCAGGAGGCCUACUAAGGAAAUGUCAGUUAAGGGUCUUUGGCACCAUCCUAACCAGCUAUCGGAGGAGAUGGUGCGGUGCAUGAAGAAUAUAUAUAUUUGUCUUGCAGACUCGUCUAAUCUUUCAGCCAAGUCUAAUGCAGCAGAGAGCUUCCAGCUGCCAACUUCUCCCCAUGGACACCUGUCUGCGUCGUCCCUGUCAUCAGUUUCUGAACCAUCAGAGCUAUCCAUAGUAUCGCUUGUCCAAAGUCCAGUAGUUGAACUGCAUUGUAGUGGAGAUGUUCUUGGAGAUGAUAAUGCAUUUGAUCCUUAUAAAGUGAGGGGAAAACUCAGUUGGGCAGACAUUGGAAACUACAGUUCAGCUGUCGAAGUUUCUUGGAUGUCGGUCGGAAAACAACAGCUAGAGUAUGCUGCUGGAGCACUCCGGAAAUUUAAGUCAUUGGUUGAGCAGCUGGCAAAAGUGAAUCCAACUAAUUUGUGCUGUGAUGAGAAGCUGGCUUUCUGGAUAAACUUAUACAAUGCCCUAAUUAUGCAUGCUUACUUGGCAUAUGGAGUCCCUAAAAGUGAAUUGAAACUCUUCUCUCUAAUGCAAAAGGCAGCAUAUACUGUCGGGGGGCACUCAUUCAGUGCCGCUGCUAUUGAAUAUGUGAUUUUGAAGAUGAAGCCUCCUGUCCAUAGACCACAAACAGCACUGCUUCUUGCCCUUCACAAGCUGAAGACAUCAGAAGGGCAGAGAAGCUUUUCUGUUGAUAGUCCUGAUCCACUUGUAACAUUUGCACUCAGCUCUGGGAUGUAUUCUUCGCCUGCAGUGAGGAUUUAUACUGCUGCAAAAGUUAGAGAAGAGCUUCAACAAUCAUUAAGGGAUUAUGUUCGUGCUUCAGUUGGUGUGAGCAGAAAAGGCAAACUCUUUCUGCCGAAAAUGCUGCACUGCUUUGCAAAAAGUGUGGUUGAUGAUGCCUCUCUAUCCGGUUGGAUUUGUCAAUUCCUCCCCCCUCAACAAGCUGCAAUGGUAGAAGACUGCAUGUCUCAGAGACGGCUGCGCCUUCUUGUCAAUCGCAACUGUGCCAUUGUGCCUUUCGAUUCUCGUUUUCGAUAUCUCUUCCUACCUGAAAAUCUGCUCUGAGCACCGUUUCUGUCUACCUCCAAGUUCCAUAAAGGUUAUGCUUGUUUGUUUCCUGCCACGUCCAAACAAGCAGGAACCCUUAAUAAUCGGUGUCAUUCCAAGUCAUCAUGGCCUCUUUCACUCAUGAAUCAGGAAAAUUGGAUCGCAUGACCAAUGGAACGGUUUAAACCUUGAGCUAGCGCAAUUCAAACAACAAAGCUCCUAGUCAGCUUUUCAUGGAUAAUUUCUUUGUUGUCUUCUGCUCCCUUCUGCAUAUACAAGCAUUUCUUGACCUUUGACAAUUUAUCUUGUUGUCUAACCAAGUCGUUUGCCUUGUCACGUGUCAUACAGCAAAAGUUCUUUUUUUUUUCAAGGCUCCUUAACCUUUUUAAAAGAGCUUGGUUUUGCCCUUCCAUCUAGGAUCUUCCUUCCUAGCCAGCAGUCAACUCUGUACAGUCAUCAUUUGGUGGUGAAGAUCUCUGUUAUGGCACAGAUGGGACCAUCCUCCGUUCUGCAUCGGAAGGCGCAUUUCCUUUAUUCACCAAUCAGAUUACAGUCUGUUUGAUGUGCUGUUCUGUGCAUUGUUUCUCCUGUGAAAAGUUGGGUAUUUGGUUUAUGUACAGUUCAUAGGGGCAUUACAAAGAUAAUAAUGUGAGUUGUGCCAUCUUUGUAAAACAAGACUCGUCUCUCUUUCUAUAUUUAACAAAUGCACACUGCCCUGACGUAAAUGCUGCUUGUUUCUAUUGUGCGGCUUGGGAGCAGCAUGGUGCAGAUUUGUAAUUCAAUGUCAUAUAACUGUUGUUGCUUUUUUUUUUUUUGGUUUGGGGGAUAUUUGGUGAUAUAGUUUGCUUUUUAUUGUUAAUUGUCAGCAUGGAAGUCAUUCAGAGUUCUAAAUUUUUCUA